ACGUUUUGCAACACAUGCAACUUUUGACAGCACUUGUCAGUUGUUGUCGUUGUUUUUGUUUGUGAGUAGCAAAUUACAGAUCAUAGACACAUAUUCCACAAACGAAACAUGGCUCAAGUUCCCUUGGCAAUUGUGUCGCACAAGCGCCAGGUGUGCAGCCUUUACAAGCGUGCGGUACGCAAUCUGGAGGCCUGGUACGAUCGUCGCAAUGUGUUCCGUUAUCGGGCGGUCCAGAUGCGUGCCCGCUUCGAUGAGAACCGGAACAAGGGUCUGGCCGAAGGGAUGCGUCUGCUAGCCUGCGGUCAACAGGAGCUUUUCGAAACGAAGCAUUACCAACCCAGAAACUUUGCAAAUAGUGCUGGUGGCUGCGCCUUCGAGCGUGAGGUCAUUCCGCCCGAUUGGCUGCUGGACUACUGGCAUCCGCUGGAGAAGGCCCAGUACCCCGAGUACUUUGCCAAACGGGAACAACGCAAGAAGGAGUAUGUGGUCUGGUGGGAGAAGCAGUACGGCAAACCAGAUCCUAAAGAUUUGGGACACCAUUAAGUCUAGCUUUACGAAUGAGAUAAUGUAGUCAAAUCAAUUAUUUGUUUCUGAAUUAAAAACCGUCGAGCACCUAUUGAUUUCCA